AUGGAUCUAAAAUCAGUUCAGGAUCUCAAGGGCGUUCUUCGGUCUGACUUCUUUCACGGAUAUGCUACAGCUGCGCCGCAGAUUGAGGGCGCUUGGGAUAAGGAUGGCAAAGGGAUCUCUAUCUGGGAUAAGUUUGCCCAUAUCCCUGGCAAUAUCUCGGACGGAAGCACACCCGAUGACGCUGUCAGAGCGUAUGAUUUUUACCGAGAAGAUGUAGCACUUAUGAAGUCCUACGGCGUGAAUGCCUACCGCUUUUCGCUUUCUUGGUCCCGCAUUAUCCCCCUUGGGGGAUACAAUGACCCUGUCAACGAGCAGGGCAUCCGAUUCUAUUCAAAUCUAAUUGACGAAUUACUUCAAAAUGGAAUCACUCCAUUUGUCACUCUCUUUCAUUGGGACACCCCGCAGGCUCUCGAAGAUCGAUACGGAGGCAUGUUAAAUCAAGACGCAUAUACGCCCGACUUCAUUCGCUAUGCUCGAGUGUGCUUUGAACGAUUCGGUGAUCGUGUCAAGCACUGGAUCACAUACAAUGAGCCUGGUGUAUAUACUCUAGCCGGCUAUGCUGCUGGUGUUCACGCCCCGGGGCGUUCUUCUUUUCGCGAACGGAACUCUGAGGGGGACUCAUCUGUCGAGCCAUUCACCGUUGCGCAUACACAGCUAGUCUCCCAUGGACAUGUGUCCCAUAUGUAUCGCGAUGAGUUUCAACCGCGUCAGAAAGGGACGAUUGGAAUCACGCUACAUGGAAACUGGUCCGAGCCUUGGGAUGAAGAGGAUCCGCUUGACCAGGACGCAGCUGAGAGAGCGCGUGAGUUUGAGAUUGCCUGGUUUGCUGACCCACUGUACAAGACUGGUGAUUAUCCCGCAUCGAUGAGAGCCCAACUGGGAGACCGGCUGCCCCGGUUCACCCCCGAGGAAUCUGAGCUUGUGCUGGGAAGCUCCGAGUUCUAUGGCAUGAACAGUUAUACAACAUUUGUCAUGAAGCACAGGACAUCACCCCCGGAUAUCAAUGAUCAUAAAGGAAACGUUGAGAUCCUCGAUGAAAAUAAGCAAGGUGUACCGCGCGGGAAAAAAGUGAUACGGAAUGGCUCCGCGCUGCACCUGGGGGUUUUCGAAAGUUAUUGA